CGCAAAAGAGUUAUAAUUAGUCAGUGUAGGGCAGAGCAACUGGAAGCUAGUCCACUGCUGAAACAGUAAAGCUGUCACAGUUUCUGUUGACAUAGCAUUAGAUGUACAGGGUUUGGGGAUUGCAGUGUCAUUGUGUUGCUACGUGGAAACACAGUGUGAUGAUGAAUCAUUGAUACGCUGCCAGACAACUACUCUCCUCCACCCUCUCUCGUCAUGGCAGCCAUGUUAUCUCUGUUUGUACUGGUUCUGUGUGGGUCCGUCUCCAUUGCUCACAGCUUCCUCCUUGGUGGACCAACUACGUCAGUGGAUCCAGGACAACCUCUCUACCUGUCUCCGUACAUCGCUGGAGGACACAUUCAACAAGCCCAGAAUUUGAGUCGUGUAGGCUCCCUUCAAGGCUCAUCGAUACUGAGUUACAGUGGCUACAUCACCGUCAACGCAAACUUCAACAGCAACCUGUUCUUCUGGUUCAUACCUGCACAGCAAGCUGACCCCCAUACAGCUCCUCUGAUACUGUGGCUUGAUGGUGGUCCAGGGACCAGCGGCUUGUUCGGACUGUUUGUACAGAACGGACCGUUCAUUGUGGACAAAGACUUGAAAUUGUCACCACGGAAGACUGACUGGUCACUCAAGCAUUCUUUGUUAUUUAUUGACAACCCUGUCGGCACAGGCUUCAGUUUCACUGGCAAUGACAAAGGCUAUGCCACCACGGAGGACGAUGUUGCAAGGGACCUCUACAGUUUCCUCCUGCAGUUCUACACCAUGUUCCCUAAAUUCCAGAAGAACGAUCUGUACAUCACCGGACAGAGUUAUGCUGGCAAAUACAUUCCCGCUAUCAGCUAUAAGAUCCACACGGAGAACCCCCAAGCCAAAGUCAGCAUUAACUUGAAGGGACUUUUCAUUGGAGGAGCAUUCACUGACCCAAUUUCAAUGAUUCCUGCCUAUGCUGACUACCUGUUCAACGUUGGCCUGUUCGAUGAGAAUGAGAAACAGUAUUUCCAAGGACAAAUGGGAAAGAUUACAGAGCUUGUGAAAGCGAAAAAACUCAAGAAUGCAAUGGAUAUCUUCUCAGCUGCCUUGUUGGGGAAAGGGUUCUUCUACAAUGCCACUGGAUACAUUGCUCAUGAGAAUAUUCUGGAAGUCCAGGGGCCCGCAGAUAUGAACUACUAUGUGUCCUAUGUUGAUCUCCCUGAAGUCCGCCGUGCGAUCCAUGUCGGAAAUGUGUCCUACUCCGAGCCCAGCAACCUAGUAUUUGAGAAGCUGUAUUCCGACUUCCUGGACAGCGUGAGGCCCUGGUUUGUUACUCUGCUCAACAGUGGCAAGUACAAGGUGCUGCUGUUCAACGGACAGCUGGACAUCAUCGUGUGUUCUCCUACCACAGAGGCCAUGCUGGACAGUAUGACCGAGUGGAAAGAUCAGGCAGCCUACAAACAGGCCACCAAACAUAUCUGGAGAGUCUCCCCGACAGACAAAGAUGUAGCAGGCUAUGUCCGUGCAGUUGGCAACUUCACUCAGGUGAUUGUGCGAGAGGCAGGCCAUAUCGUCGCCUUCAACCAGCCGGACAGGGCGUAUGACAUGUUACAGCGAUACAUAGAGGACAGACCAUUCUACUAGAAGAUAAAACACCCAUCAUGUAUGACUACUGGUACACAUGGAACAGAUGAUUGGACGUGCUCUGUGUCACAGUUGAAUUGGAAUGCUUUUCAGGGUUCUGCUGUGGCAGAGAUGGUGUCUGUGUUGAUUUAUCAUUAUGAAAACUACCGGUGAAAUAUGCAGUCGAACAUUACUUUUCAAGCAUGUGCAUUUUCUCCAAUAUUGUCCAGAUAUAGGAGUGUCCAAUAAUCCUCUUUCCUGUUGCCUCCUCAACUCCAAAUUCUAUGGAGGCAGAGGCGAUGGGGUAGCCUAGUGGUUAAAGUGUUCACUCGUCACACCGAAGAACCGGGUUCGAUUCCCCACAUGAGUACAUUGUGUGAAGCCCAUUUCUGGUGUCCCCCACCAUGAUAUUGCUGGAAUAUUGCUAAAAGCGGCAUAAAACUAAAUUCACUCACUCACUAUGGAGGCAAAAACAAAUUUGAGAAAAUGUACAUGGCACCCACUUAUCCCAGAUCAUUUGUAACCAUCUCGUGUUAUUCCGUAACAAGCCAAAUAUCGAUCUUCUUGGAGGUUACGGAGAGGGGAGAGUGGUGACAAAUAGGUCGACAAGCCUUCUUGGAGGUUACGAAAGGAGCCGAGUUUUGAUUAAUGAUCACAGAUACGUCCCUGUUCAUCUUCAAUCCAUGUGUGUUUACCAAAA